UGGAAGAAAAGGUCGUCGUCGUCUCUAGUGUUGCAGAAAAUGGCAACUACUACUAAGCUCUCCGUUCUCUGCUGCUCUUUCAUUUCAUCUCCUCUCGUUGACUCUCCUCCUUCUCUCGCCAACAUCCCUCGCUUCUUCUCUCCGAUUCCACGAUUCCUCACUACUAGCUUUAGAUCGAGCUCUAGGUUUCCGGCGACCGAAAUCCGUAAGUCUACUGGAGUCUAACGACGUCGUCUUCCACUCGCCGCCGUGAUGUUUCCGGGAAAUUCAGUUUUAUCAGAUGCCUGCGCGUUUGGAAUCACUAGCAUCGUUGCGUUCUCUUGCCUCGGUUUCUGGGGAGAGAUUGGCAAACGUGACCUCUUGGACCAGAAACUCAUCCGGAAGCUUGUGCAUAUAAAUAUUGGGCUAGUUUUUAUGCUUUGCUGGCCGCUGUUCAGUUCUGGAAUCCAAGGAGCGCUUUUCGCAUCUCUUGUACCUGGACUCAAUAUAAUAAGGAUGCUAUUGCUGGGGCUUGGAGUGUACCACGACGAAGGAACGAUCAAGUCAAUGAGCAGACAUGGAGAUCGCAGGGAACUACUCAAGGGACCGCUUUACUAUGCACUGUCAAUCACAUCAGCCUGCAUCUUCUAUUGGAAAUCAUCCCCAAUCGCCAUUGCAGUCAUAUGCAACCUUUGCGCAGGAGAUGGUAUGGCUGACAUCGUGGGUCGGCGGUUUGGAACAGAGAAGCUUCCUUACAACAAAAACAAAUCAUUUGCUGGUAGCAUUGGAAUGGCCACCGCGGGGUUCUUAGCAUCUGUUGGGUAUAUGUACUACUUUGCUUCAUUCGGUUACAUCGAGGAUAGCGGGGGAAUGAUUCUUCGUUUCCUCAUCAUCUCUUUAGCAUCAGCUCUUGUGGAAUCACUCCCAAUAAGCACCGACAUUGACGACAAUCUCACCAUUUCCUUAACCUCUGCCUUGGCCGGUAUUCUACUCUUCUAAAAAGGCCCUCUCUUUGUUCUGUAUCAUCAAAUAAAGGGUCGAGCUUGAUUGCUGCUAUGGAGGUAAGACUGCAUUCAUAAUUCCCAUCUUCUUGUGUAUGUACGUAUUAGUGAAAGAUCUCAUAUUGUUGUUGUCUACAGAUCUUAUUUUUCAACUGCAAUUGCAGUUGGGUACAAUGUUGUAAUGUUCUAUCCAUUAGUGAGAGAUAUGAUGACGAACAGAGGCUUCUACAAUUUGUAACAGAUACUUAAUA